CCCCACGCGAGGUAAAGGCCCGUGCAGCCCGCCGCCAACUUCGUUAAGUUGGAGCGGAGUUCGCCAGGCGCCUGCAUGGGGGGCUCUGCGGCGCAGGCCGGAGCGAGGGAGGCCUCGAACCCGCGCCCCGGGAAGGAAGGAAGGAGCAAAGCCCCACCCACCCAAGGAUGACACUAAACACCCAGCAAGAAGCAAAGACUCCCCUGCGUAGGCGAGCCAGCACUCCACUGCCCCUGUCCCCCCGGGGCUACCAGCCUGGCCUCCUGUGUACAGCACCUAUCACAAAAUCCCAGCAUCCCCGGCUGGGCCAGUCAGCCUCCCUCAAUCCUCCCACUCGGCAACCUUCACCUGCCCCCAAUGGUUGGUCCUCUGAAUCCAGUGACUCUGAAGGCUCCUGGGAGGCCCUCUACCGCGUGGUACUGCUUGGAGAUCCCGGCGUAGGGAAGACCAGCCUGGCCAGCCUCUUUGCAGGGAAGCAAGAGCGGGACCUCCAUGAACAGCUGGGAGAAGAUGUGUACGAGAGGACCCUCACGGUGGAUGGAGAGGAUACCACACUGGUGGUCAUGGACACCUGGGAGCCUGAGAAACGGGAUGAAAGCUGGAGCCAGGAUUCGUGCCUGCAGGUGGGCAGCGCCUAUGUCAUUGUGUACUCCAUCGCGGACAGAGGCAGUUUCGAGAGUGCCUCUGAGCUCCGCAUUCAGCUGCGGCGCACACAUCAGGCAGACCACGUGCCCAUCAUCCUGGUGGGCAACAAGGCCGACCUGGCACGCUGCCGGGAAGUUUCCGUGGAAGAGGGCCGCGCCUGCGCAGUGGUGUUCGACUGCAAGUUCAUCGAGACGUCGGCCGCGCUGCAGCACAACGUGGCGGAGCUCUUCGAGGGCGUGGUGCGCCAACUGCGCCUGCGCCGCCGGGACAGCGCGGCCCCGGAGCCCUCGGUGCCCCGGCGGCGGGCGAGCCUCGGCCAGCGGGCCCGCCGCUUCCUGGCCCGCCUGACGGCCCGCAGCGCCCGCCGCCGGGCGCUCAAGGCCCGCUCCAAGUCCUGCCACAACCUGGCCGUGCUCUGAGGCCGCCGCCGCCCUAGGGGUGACGGAACACUGGGCUGCAUUCCGAGCUCCCGAUGCCACCGAGGGGCCACGCCGGCGUCGCCCGGAGUCUGCGCAGUGGGCUGUGCCUGCCGGCUGCCCCGGGGCCGGGAGCAUCUUUGGGGCCGCAGCUUCAAGGACCUCACCGCCUCGGGAAGCAGUGGACAGACCAUGGGGCCGAAGCCUCAAGCUGGACGCAGAGUAGGGAUUUUUAUGCGGUGCGAGCCUUUUUGUAAAAAUCUUCCCUGUCCCUGGGCUCUGGCCAACUCCCCACAAUAAACCAGACCAGAGGGGUAUCCAGUCUGAAUGCCCAGAUCUCGUCUUUUGGGCUCUUCCAGCAUCUCCACCUCCCACUCUCCCGUCUACACUGGCCACAGUCUGGGUUAGCCUGUCACCUGGUUCAAGUUAAGUCAGUAAAAUCACGGGACCCUUCUCUCAACCACUGGGCAUGGCCCCUGACGCCGGUCUUUGAGGGAGACCCAGUGGUGCACAGACAACCACAUUCAGUGUGAUGACCUCCUAUUUUCUCAUAAACCCGUUGUUUAGAUUAUAGAUUAAUAAAAUCCUAUCUGGAAGGAA